GCUAGAUCGGUCAGUCGUUUGUUGAGCUUCGCGAUGAAAACAUUCCGAAUUUGAAAUUCAAAGUGUUUGAUUAUCAUUCCUAAUUAAUGAAUUGCAUCGGCUGCGAUUGCUGUGUUUAAGUGGAAUUGGUGUGUUUGUUGAAAAAACGAUGGCGUUGUACAAAGUAGUUGUGUUGCUAGUAAAUUCUGGAUUGGUGGCAUUUGUUGCUGGCCAAAGUGUGUUAGAUAAAGAUGUGGAAAUAAUUUCGGGUAAAAAUCAUCCCAAUAAUCCAUUGGAUGCAAAGUUUAUCGGUCAAUAUGGUCAAUAUGGGAAUGAUAUCUAUGGGCCACCUUCACCGGAACCAAACUGGAGAGCAUGGUCGAUGCUGUGGGCAGGUGAAGGUGAUGGCAAAAAUGGUGAAGCGAGCUUCCGUCAAAUAGGCCCGGUGAAUCCCGUUCUGGUGAAUAUCAACGCAACCGGAUUGCCGCCUGGUAAACAUGCCAUCCAUAUACAUGCGUUCGGUGAUAUGCGACAAGGUUGUAAAUCGACCGGACCACACGUUCGUGGUGUUUUGAUUGGAAACAUUGACGUACCCGAAUCGGGCAAUCUCGAUCUGUCGUUUUUUAGCCCGCAUAUUCAACUGUUCGGCCAUCGUGGCGUUGUCGGUCGUUCGAUUGUAAUUCAUGAGAAACCCAUUGAAUUCAAUCGCAGUCCAGAUAUUUACGGAGUGCCCGUUGCCGAGCAAGCCAUUCAGCCCGUCUCAUACCAAACCGAAGAAAUGGCGGUCGGCAAUGUGCUUGCGUGCGGUAUCAUUACAAUUGUAGAAAAUCUAGCACAAUAAUUAAAACUCUUCUUUUCUGUUUUAAUUAAAAAUUUCAUAGAUUUUUUUUCUACUUUGCUAUGAUCGUAAAUCUUUAAUCACCUCUCGCAUUUUGUAUUCUUUUUUCUCUUAAAUUUUCAUUAAAGUUUGCAUGUAUGUUGAA